AUGGAGUUGGACAGUGAGGAUAGCAAGGUUGGGCAAACUGUUGUGGUUUCCAAAAGCAGAAGUAGCUUUGUGAACAACGCCACGAAUCCAUUUCUAGAUCCUUUUGUGGCCAGCUACUGGAGCAAAGUCUACACGGAUUGUCGGUAUGAAUGCAGAGAACGGUUUGAUCCUAAGUUCACGUGGACUCCCGAAGAGGAGCGUAAUCUAGGGUGGAAGCUUGAUUUGAAGGUUACUGCACUUGCUUGCUUCAUGUUCGUUGCCUUGCAAGUCGAUAGGGGCAACCUAGCUCAGGCCGUCGCAGACAACCUACUGGAAGAUUUGGACCUUACCACAGACAUGUACAACAACGGAAACACAAUUUUUUAUGUCACUUUUAUUGUCAGUGAGGUCCCCUCAUCACUAAUUUGCAAGAAAUUGGGUGUUGACCUGUGGGUACCAUUUUUAAUGGUUUCAUGGUCUCUGGUUGCGAUAUUGCAAUGCAAAAUGACUAAUAAGCAUUCAUUUUACGCGACGAGAGCGUUGCUAGGGCUUUUGGAAGGCGGAUUUACUCCUGAGCUAGUCUUGUGGAUGUCUUAUUUUUUUACUUCUAGCGAGCUUUCAAUCAAGCUGUCCUACUUCUGGACAGCUUUGUCUUUAACUCAAAUCGGAACAGCAUUGAUGGCUUACGGGAUUCUGCGGAUGCGCGGUAUUCUGGGAAUGGCAGGUUGGCAGUGGCUUUUCAUUAUUGAAGGGGUGUUCACGCUUUUCAUUGCUUUAGUGUCUGCCCUGGUAAUGGCGCCCUCUGUGGUGCAAACCAAACGGUUCUGGAACAAAAAGGGGUGGCUCUCAGAGCGAGAGGAGAAAAUAAUCGUCAACAAGGUUCUAAGAGACGAUCCAUCGAAGGGUGACAUGAACAACAGACAAGGUGUCACCGCCUCCAGCCUGUUGUAUGCUUUAUUGGACUAUAACAUGUAUCCUCUUUACAUCAUUGGUGUCCUGGCCUACAUCCCGUUGAAUCUGCUGACUAGCUAUAUGACUUUGGUGCUAAAGAACCUUGGUUUCACUACGCUUAAUGCCGUCCUACUCACUGUCCCCUACAGCUUCGUACACAUCAUUUUGCUGAUAGGAAUUACAUGGCUGAGCGAGAAGAUAAACGAGAGGUCGCUUGUUUGCUGCCUCUUUGCGCUCUAUGAAAUUCCUCUUGUCGGAGUGCUGGCCUUUUGGAAAGAUUCAAUGGUGAACAAAUGGGGAACAUGGGCGGUUUGUACUCUCAUUCUGGGGCUGCCAUAUAUUCACGCCAUUUGCUUGAGCUGGGUGUCGCGCAACUCUUGGUCCCUAAAGACCAGAUCUGUUUCUCUGUCCCUCUACUAUAUGUGUGCACAGAUUGGAUCUUUGAUCUCGGCCAACAUCUACCACGAAAGCGAUGCUCCGCUGUACAGAAAAGGAAACACGGACCUGUUCUGGCUCUCGGUGGCCAUGUUACCCGUUCUGCUUCUCACCAAGGCAUACUACAUGUAUGUGAACCACUCAAGAGAGCGGCGGUGGCAGAUGAUGGAUUCGGCAGAACGCGAAAAUUAUAUAUUGAAUACGACCGACGUGGGGUCUAAACGUUUGGAUUUUAGACUCGCGCAUUAA